CAUGCGUGAGGAGGGCACGUGACUCCUCCUGCAGAAGUGCAUGGAGUGCUGUGAGGAACAGUGAGGCUUCUCCUCACAAAUAUGCCCGUUCACUGCGCUGAAGUUACCUAAAGAAAGUGCAGGUGCGCUCGCGCGGGGAAUGCUGUAAAUCCACUCAUCCACCAUGCUGAGUCGUUUGCAGGAGCUCAAGAAGGAAGAGGAGACUCUCCUGAAAAUUAAAGUUAUGCUGCAGGAUCAGCUCAACAGACUAAAGUUUGAAGAGGGCGCCCUGAAGUCAAUGAUAAAUGCCCAGUCUGAAGAGAACCCAACUGAACCUGCUACCCCUGAGGUUGAAGUCAACCCAGACAACGAGAGUGAGAUCAACCAGACUAAGCUAGUGCUCGGCGCUCCCAUUGACUAUGAAAUGGAGGAAGAGGAGGAGGAUGACGACGAUGAAGAUGACGACCUUGACAUGGUGCUAGAGGAAGAGGAGGAGGAUGAUGGCGAUGACUACUGAGUUUACAUUUGAAUAGCACAAGAGUAUUAUCAGUAACACUUGCUAUUAAGUGUUUUACGUCCAAAAUGGCAUGCCAAAAGAUUAGUGUUAAUAGCUUGUGAGGUUGUUUGUUUCUCUGUUUGUCUAAAGGAUGAUGGUGCAUCAUAUAGAUUACAGGUGAGAGACAUCUUGAGAACCAACCACAAAAUGAUGUGUAGCAAGCGUAGAAGCUCAAACAUCUUUUGGUACUGUACAUGAGGUCAAGCCUGCACUUUUAAGUUAUUUUUGUAGAUUUGAGGCUGCUCCAGUAUUGCAUUUAACUAGGACUAUUCCACACUUAUAUGUAGCCCUUGUGUCAGAUGGCAGUGUGUUGAGGUUGAAUGUAAAUCUGUUGCUUUGAAUCUGUUGUGAUUUGAUCGUUCUUGUAUUUAUGUUGGAAGAUUUUGAGGUACUUUUAGAGGUAACCUGAGUGGAAGCCGGAAUGCUUGUUUGUAGGUGUGUGUGUGAAUGUAGUGCAAUGCAUGUGCAUGAGACAUUUUUUGAUGAGCCGGUAAUGUACAGUAAUGUUUUCUUUUGUAUUUCAUGAGAAAUAUUGUAAAGGUUAAGUACAGUAGGUCGAUUCAUUAAGCACAAUACAAAAGUUGAAAUCCA